AUGCUCGCUUUCCCUCUUAGCCCCGUAGACCCCAUGCUCGCCUCAACCAGCACCUACCUUCCUCAUUCGGCGCUACACCUAGCAGUGCCACCAAUGCCGGGCCCAUCGGAUUGUGUUACAGGCUUUCCUUCCUCGUCCGGCUGGUCCGCCCUCUCGUUCUACGAGUCCGUCCCUCGGGCCAUCUCCCCCGCACCCUCCACAAGUCGCACCCGAGAUUACGACGAGGUGGUCUACUCUAUUCCAUCUGUGUCCCGAUGGGAACACCUUGACGCACUCGACGCGAAGAGCGAAGAAACGCGCCGAUCGCUCACGCCGUUCAGCCCCCGCCGCGCGCCCUCCCCCUUCCCCGGUCGGGGGAACGGAGGCACGGAAUUUGUGAGCACCGAGUUUCAACGUGGGGCAGCGUCAGCUCGUCCCAGUUCCGCGCCACAAUUUCUCCGUCACUCCGUGGCAGCUUCUGCCCCAGACGUCUCGUCUGCAGGGGCCUUGCAGCGCGUCAAGAAGACAGGCCCGGCAGGGUCGUCAUACAACGCCCCCGACGUCUCCCGCGGACGGUCCGCCGACCCAGAACCGACCGAGGACGAGCUGGACUUUGAGCGCAAGUUCGUCUCGCUCCCGUCCCUCCGCAAAAAGGUCUGUACGCAUCGUGGGCCCCACGCCCGGUCCGCCGCAGACAUCCAGAAGCUCGUCCCCCCCUUCGGAUCUCCACGCUGUCAGCACGCGGAGUGCGCAGACGCGAAGUGCGCGACGUGCGUCUACCUCCGUCGCCGGGGCGACGGCCCGCUGCGCACGCGCCUCCUCAAGCGCGACAAGGACCGCGACCUGUGGCACCUCCGCCCGGCCGCGUACGACGAGCCGUGGGCGUACGCCGAGGACCGCGGCAAGCUCACCGCGCUACAGGCGUCGUACGUGCUCGGCCGCGAGCGCGCCCUGCGCGGCGCGCGGGCACGCCUCUGACGCUGCACAGAGGCGGCGGGGCACGGGUUAUCCCCAGAUCUGCGAUCCGCUUGGCCGCGGCGGCGGACUCCGCUGCAGUCGCACAGCUGUGGCUAUGGGCGCAUCAGGGCAAGGCAUCGGACGCUGUGCUGCUCACCAUCAUCGAUCAUAGUCAGACGUCCUCGUGUUCCAUCGCCACCACGACCUCAGCCCGCAGCUUCAGUCGACUCGUCUCUCGGACUACGGCCGUUUCUAGACAAUCGUCAGGCACUCGGGACUUCUCCGGCUGCCUCCAGUAGAUGGUGGGCGGUCAAGCGUCACGAUAGUAAUGGUUACCAUAAUGUACAGCACUAUAUCGAGUAGUUUCUCUUACGGACUUUGGUUCACGAAUCUCAGGACUUUACUGGAUAAUCAAAUUGUUACAUACCCUCUACGUAUCUAUACCUCC